AUGGAAAAAUCCAAUGACAGCUCAGAGUACGGUUUUAUCUUAGUGGGCUUCUCUGAUCGUCCCAAGCUGGAGAUGGUGCUCUUCAUAGUAAAUUUUACUCUGUAUUCAGUGGCUGUCCUGGGAAAUUCAGCCAUAAUCCUUGUGUGUAUAUUAGACUCUCGACUUCAUACACCAAUGUACUUCUUUCUGGCAAAUCUUUCCUUUUUAGACCUCUGCUUCAGUACUAGCUGUAUCCCCCAGAUGCUGGUUAACCUCUGGGGCCCUGAUAAGACCAUCAGCUAUGCGGGCUGUGUUGUCCAGCUUUUCUCUUUCCUUUCUGUUGGAGGAGUCGAGUGCAUCCUUCUGGCAGUCAUGGCAUAUGACCGCUACGCUGCCGUCUGCAAGCCCUUGCAUUAUACGGUCAUUAUGCACCCCCAGCUGUGCUUACGACUGGUGGCUGUGGCCUGGGGAAGUGGACUGGUCAAUGCCAUCGUCAUGUCUCCACUGACAAUGACUCUCUCCAGAUGUGGUCAGCGACGAGUUAACCAUUUCCUCUGUGAAAUGCCGGCACUGAUCAAGAUGGCUUGUGUGGACGCUCGCGCAGUGGAAAUGCUGGCCUUCACCUUUGCCAUUCUCAUUGUCUUACUGCCCCUCACUCUUAUUCUUGUCUCCUACGGCUACAUCGCAGCAGCUGUGCUGAGGAUCAAGUCAGCUGCUGGGCGCCGGAAGGCCUUCAAUACCUGUAGCUCCCACCUCACUGUGGUCUCCUUGUUCUAUGGGAGCAUCAUCUAUAUGUAUAUGCAGCCAGGAAACAGCUCUUCCCAAGACCAAGGCAAGUUUCUCACCCUCUUCUACAACCUGGUAACUCCCAUGUUGAAUCCACUCAUCUACACCUUAAGGAAUAAGGAGGUGAAAGGGGCGCUGAAAAAGGUUUUGGGGAGGCAACAAUGA